AUGCCGGUCUGGGCCACUCACCAGGAUUCCAUCCUCAUCGCCACUAUAGUAUACUCCUCCCAUUUCACUUCUUUUCAAGAGAGCACCACCUGCAAGAUCUGUCCUUACAACUGGCACCUAUAUGAGAAGAAGUGCUACUGGAUCUCCAGAGAGAAAUUAACUUGGAACCAGGCUAUGAAAAACUGCACAGCAAAACUCUCCCAGAUGGUGGUUAUACAGGAUCAGAGAGAAGUGGCUUUUCUACAGAAUAUCAUCAAGGCAAAUAAGAUGUUGUGGAUUGGACUACAACGCACAUCCCCUGAAAGAAAAUGGAUGUGGGUGGAUGGUUCCCCCUAUGAUAACGAAUUAUCAGGUUCAGCAGAAACAAAUGCCUGUGGGAAGCUGAAUGGAAACCAAAUUAUUUCUGAUGCCUGCAUUAAUAUAGCCAAUUGGAUCUGUGAGAAAAAAGCUUUAUUUCUAUAUGGUACACAGCCACAGCACUGA